GCUGCUCCUCUCACUUCGCUCUCCUGCCGGCCAAACCUCCGCCUCGGCCCGGCCAGACACCCGGACAGACUCCGCCGACUCCCGGGACACACACUGGGUAGCAAGAAAAAGCCUGGACACGACGAGAGGAAGGGACCCCAAGAGUUAGCUUUAAAAUUGCCGGGUCGCAUUGCAGCAUCUCACUGGUUCUCCUACCUCCAGAUACGGCUACUUUUGCUCUGUAACCCCUCUCCUCCCAUCAACACCUACAAAAACUAACUUUGAGCUCCACGGAAAGAUGUAAAAAUCAGUCCGUAGACUUAACUUGGACACAAGCAGCGGGCUGGACCGUUAGCAGGACCGUUAGUGGGUUUUUUUUUACCAGCGGGAGCACCACAGGACUUUGUGGUGGGAAAAAAAAGACAACAAAAAACCACACUUUUUUUCUCAGAGCUAGCCUCAUUUCACUCUUCACCACCGAGGGGAAAAUAAAGAUGCUGUCGCAACUGAACGAGUGGUUCUGGCAGGAGCGGCGUUGGUUUCCAAAGGGCCUGGGCUGGGCUGACCUGGAGGAUAGGGAUGGAAGAGUGUACGCUAAAGCCAGCGACCUGUGGGUGGCCCUGCCCAUCGCCCUUGUAUUCCUCAUUAUCCGUCAGAUCUUUGAAAGGAAGGUGGCUACACCUCUGGCCUCUCUCCUUGGGGUGAAAGAGACAGUACGACUCAAAGCCCCUCACAACCCCACACUGGAGUCCUACUACUGUAACAUUACCAAAAACCCCACACAGACAUCAAUAGUGAGUCUUUGCAAGCAGACCGGCUGUUCAGAAAGACAAGUGCAGCGAUGGUUCAGGAGACGGAGGAACCAGGACAGACCGAGUUUGCUCAAAAAGUUUCGAGAGGCCAGUUGGAGAUUUACCUUUUACCUUCUUGCUUUCAUUGCUGGCCUGGCCGCCCUCAUCGAUAAACCUUGGCUGUAUGACCUGCAGGAGAUGUGGCUAGGCUUUCCUAUACUGACUCUUCUGCCAUCUCAGUAUUGGUACUACAUGAUCGAGCUGGGUUUCUAUGGUUCUCUGCUCUUCAGUGUGGCUUCUGAUGUCAAACGCAAAGACUUCAAGGAGCAGAUUAUCCACCAUGUAGCGACCAUCCUUCUUAUCAGCUUCUCCUGGUGUGUAAACUACAUUCGUGCUGGAACUCUCAUCAUGCUGGUGCACGACUCAUCUGAUUACUUCCUUGAGUCUGCAAAGAUGUUCAACUAUGCUGGGUGGCGAAACGCCUGCAACUACAUCUUUAUUGUAUUUGCUGCAAUCUUUAUCAUCACCCGCCUUGUCAUCUUCCCCUUCCGGAUUAUUUACUGUACGUGGGUAUACCCAGUGACACUCUAUGAACCCUUCUUUGGCUAUUACUUCUUUAAUGGCCUCUUGAUGGUGCUGCAAUGUCUACAUGUCUUCUGGGCCGUCCUCAUCAUACGGAUAGCAGUCCGCUUCCUCACAAACAAUGAAAAAGUGGAUGAUGAAAGAAGUGACAAAGACGAGACAGAUGUAUCAGAAGAGGAGGAAGUAGAAGAGCAGGUUAAAAAGGACAUGAAGAAAAAUGGACCGGUGCAGAAUGGUUACACAGUCUACAACAACAACCACAGCAAGACAGAGUGAAAGCAAACAAGUGUCAGGACGAAGGAAUGUGAGAAGGACUCAUAUCCCUCAGUUGGGGAGUGGGAGGGAGGGAUAAAGAGAGAGAGCGAAGAGGGGACGUGGGUGAGGAAUGGGGCGAGUCAUUCCUUAAAACCAAGGAAAUUUGACAGUUACUUUUGCACAGCUCGAAAAACACUUUCUCUCUCUCUCUCACACACACACACACACACACACACACACACCUACACACACACAACUCAUUUUUAGAGGGCACAGACAUCCAGCAGAUGAUAUACACACUACAUUAAGUGGCAUGGCUUUUUCGCUUUGUCAUCAGAGAAAUGUAUUAUUGUCAGUGUGUCCCCACAUUUCAAAGAGACAGGGAUGAAAACAGAAAGUGUGGGGAGGACACGGAAGAGGGGGAGUGAUGCUGCUUCUAUUAUAGCUUUCCUUGUUCUAACUGUGUGCCUUAUAGCCUUUUUCCAUUGGCAAUUUUGGCCUUGCCGAGUCAAACCGUGCCACUUUGAUUUGCAUUUUCUUUGCCAAUUUAAGUCAAGACCCAGAUGGACCAUCUUUGAGUUCAGUGCAGUAAGCAGUGAGAUGUUUAGAGUUAGGGGGCAGGGACUGUGUCGUGUAGGUCUGCAAGACGGCAGAUAGACCCACUAUUGUAAUGGAGAUGCAAAUCCCUGCUGCGCUGGACUGACUCACCAGGUCAAACCAAGUCAAGCCAAGCCAGCACCUGUGUAUGGAAAACCACCAGUAGAGCCAGCUAAUAGCCAUUUUAAAGCUUUCUGCUUUACUUAUGUGUCGCUUUAUUCCACUGUACUUUUGUUUUCUACUAAAAGAACAAAUGAGAGUAAAGGUGAGUUUUAUAAAAGUCACGCAAUAGGGCAUUUAUUUCCCUAAUUUUCUGUCUAUGCAAUAAGUGUUCAGCUAUCGCAAUGUCUUUGCACAAACCUACAGUGUCUCUUAUAUAAUGUAAUAACACGCAGUGAGAUCGUGUGCCUGCCGUUGCUUUCCAGUCUAUAAAGUCGUCUGCCUUGUGAGCUUCACAGAAAAUUUGGUUUCAGUUUUGUGGAUAACAGCAUCUUAAAAAAUGUAAUCCACCAUAGCUGAUUGUGUACAAUCCUUGCUUCCACCACAGUUGUCUGAGCCACAGAGGAUGCAGUUCUCAGUCCCACAAUCUGAGCAGUCAGGAGAUACAGCUGAUGCAAACACUGCAAUAGAAUCACAGCUUCCUGCUAGCUUGACAGAGCUGAAGGUUUUUUUUUUUCUCUCUCUCUCUCUCUCUGGUUUGGCUGAAGCAGUUUCAUCCAGUUAAGUCAUGAACCAUGCUGAUGAUGCCACCCACUGCAAAAGCAAUGACGCGCGGUAAAAAAAUAUCUUGCGAAUGUGGAUUGCUCUGUUGAAAUGCAGAAGUUUUUUACUGAGGCGAAUUGAGGACCACAUUUGUUCAGACCACUGCCUAGUAGCCAGGUUAUGUUUGUUAACCUGGGUGAGAAUUUAAGUGUUGAUCUAGAUGAAUGAUUUUCAGUAUGAUUCUAUGUAUGAAACAGGUUUACAGGUGUGUUAUUUUAUGUUAGUACCAAGGAGGUAAAAGAUAUUGAAAUCAGGCUUUUAGCAGUUCAGUGUUUUGAUGAAUUGAUAAAAUUAUGAGUGUUGCAGUUUUGUUGUUAUGCUUUAAAGUUGUUUUUUUUGUAUGUCAAGUGCCUUAUCUGUAAUGUAUGGGAAGCUCUCUCUCCUUUCUUCAUGUCCUCAUCUGUUCUUCCCUGUCUCCACCUCACAUCACAGAGCCAACAGCAAGACAAACAUGUCCUCCCACCCUCUCUUCUCCUAUUCUUACCUGUUCUCAUAAAUUUCCUUAAUUUCAAACAAAGCCCUCAUUCCACCACCACCACGUUUUGUUUUUUUACUAACCCAGACCAACCAGCAACCUCUCUUCCCCAGCGAUACAGAUGAAUCAGCUGUGUCCUGAUUACAGUGUUAUUAUUGUUUUAUUGUUUGUUUAAUGAUGCGUAAGUAUUGUUAUUAAUAAUAAAAGGAAAGAUCAUGAAUCACAGUGACAA